UGCCCGCCGCCCGGCAUGGAGCAGGCCUGCGAAGUGAGCCGCCGCAGCUGCCUCGUCCCCUUCGGCACCUCGCUGUCGGCCGCCGACAAGGGCGGCCCCUUCGGCGAGGCCCGCGGCCCCGAGCCGCCCGCCAUGCAGCUGGCGGCCGCCAAGCCCGGCUACGGCCAGGACCCGUCGUCCUGCUACAUCCCGCUGCGCCGGCUGCAGGACUUGGCUUCCAUGAUCAACGCCGAAUACCUCGGCGGUGCCGCCGACGGCGCUGAGGCCCUGCCCGACCCUGGCUCGCCGGGGCCCCGCCUGCCCGCGGCGCAGGACCCUGCGGCCGAGGUGCCCCGCGGGGCCCGGGCCUUCCCCCUGCUCCUGCGGGACGGUGCAGAGGAGGCGUUGGAGGAGGAGGAGGAGGGCGCCGAGACUCCGGAGGAGGAGGAGGAGGACGACGACGACUACGACGACGACGACGACGACUACGAGGAAGAGGACGAGGACGACGACGAGGAGGAGGCGGCGACAGAGCCCGGCCCGCGGAGCCGCGGCCGCUCAGCUCCGCAGCGGGGCCCCGACAGCCGCCUGCAGCCGGCCGAGUCCGUGCCGGACGGCGGCCCCGGGGAGCAGCCGGAGUCCUCGGCCGCCCUGCAACUCAUCCGAGUCAAGAAGAAUCCUCCAGUGAAGUAUGAAGUUGGGGAUCUUGUUUGGGCCAAGUUCAACAGACGCCCAUGGUGGCCAUGCACAAUUUGUCAUGACCCAGUGCUGGACUGUCACUCAAAAAUGAAAGUUUCCGGUGGGAGACCAUACCGAGAGUAUUAUGUGGAAGCCUUAGGAGAACCUUCAGAGAAAACCUGGGUUCCUGGGAAAGCUGUUGUCCUCUUUGAAGGGAGACAUCAGUUUGAAGAGCUGCCUGUUCUCCGGAAAAGAGGAAAGCAAAAGGAAAAAGGAUACAAACACAAGGUUCCUCAGAAAUUUAGAGCUAAAUGGGAAGUCAGUGUUGGACAGGCAGAAGACAUUCUUCUUGGGGGUCCAGAGGAUCAGAAGUGCAGCCAGAGCUCGAGUGAGCCGGACAGCGAGAAGGACGUGCAGCUGGAAUACUACAGCAAUGGCCCUGGGGCAGAAAGGGACACGCAACUGAACGGCUGCUUAAAAUCCCUGGCUUUUGACUCCAGACACGUGGCCAGUGAAAAAGGAAAAUUGCACAUCAAGCCACAGGUGAAAACAACCUCUGAAAGCAGAAAAAGGACUAGAGUAAAAAAGAGUGGCGCCAGAGGGGAAACAUCGAGGGAAGAAAUCAAAGACAAAACACCAGAGAGCGUAGUUAGAAACGUGAUUGUUGGGGACCUACCAGAGAAGCACGCGUCUCACGAGCUUCGGCGCAUUGCCAACAGCCUGACAGCAGCCAGCAGCACCAGGGAAAACCAUUUGCUGUCCUCCUUUGGAGAAAGACGCUUUGAAAAGACACCUCUAAAACCAGACUAUGAGAAUCGUAAAAGUGACACUCUGAAAAGCACCCUCCAAGGAGAUGUGUUUUCCAGCCCAUCUUUUGAGAGAGAGAAGAGCUCUCUGGGCAUUUUGUGCAGUUCCAAGUUACAAAUACACUAUUCUGCCUCUGAUGGUGGUGUUGAGAAAAAACAAACUGAAUCAGAUUCAUCCUCUUCCCUCUCUGAUGGUGGGAACAGCGAUGUAGAUACCAUGGACCAAAGUUCAGAGAGAGCCUCUAGUGCUCUUGAAGUUAGUGAUUCUUCAGAUAAAGUGGAGAAGGACUUUGCUAUGACAUCAAGUGGAAACAUUAAACUUUCCAUGUAUCUUUCUCAGAAGAGCAGCAGAAGGGCCAGGAAGAAGUCGCACAGAGAUCGCAAAGCUCUGGGAGGUUCGGUAACCAACAGACUUGAUGCUGAAUUUGUGGAUGGGGAGCUUGAAGUAGGUUUGUCUGAUGCUGAGAUGCCAUUGACACCUCUCGAGUGCUCUUCAGAUGUGAGAAAUUACAAUCUUUCCCUAGCAAACAAGCACACUACCCCCCAAAGUGUUUCCAAGGAUGGCUCCUGGCCUGCUGUUACAAAUCAAGCAGUCUUGAAAUCAAAAAGCGUGAAAUUACCCGGAAGCAGAAGUAUAAAAUGUAAACAUAAAGAAAAGGUUGCUGGGUUGGAGCCUUCUCUUGCAGAAGAGGAGGGUGGUGUGAAUCACUGUUCUUCAGAUACCAAAGGUUUCUCUGGCCUUUCAAGAGAUUCUCUUCAGAGAAGUGGAAAAGUUGAUGGUCAGAAACUGUUAAACAACAUGCAUGAGAAACCCAGGGAUUCUGCUGAAAUUGAAACAGCCGUGGUGAAGCACGUUCUGUCAGAGCUGAAGGAACUGUCCUAUCGGUCCAUGAAUGAUGAUGCCAGUGACUCUGGCACUCCAAAGGCCACAGUACCUUUGCUUUUCUCUUCUGCUUCUGGUCGUUUGCCCAUUGAACCAGAUUACAAAUUCAGCACCUUGUUAAUGAUGUUGAAGGAUAUGCAUGACAGUAAGACAAAAGAGCAGCAACUGAUGACUGGUCAAAAUAUAGUCCCAUUUCGAAAUACCAGCACAAGUGAUGGUUCUGGAAGCAAUUCUGCAAGUGGUCUCAAGUCUUUGUCCAUUGUAGGUCCCCCAUAUAAAAUAGAAAAAAAUGGAGAUUGUGUCCAGGAAACAGUAACUCCAAACUCUGCUCUAAGCAACUCCUCAUUUUCACGUGGUCCUCCAACCAAGUUGACAGGGAUUGGUACUGGUAAAAGGGAGCCUGCGAGUGCUGCUGUUUCUGGGACAAACGGCACAAAUUGCAUGUCCAAACGCAACUGUUCAAAAUCUAAGCAGUCAUCAAAGCUUGGAGAUAAAACAGUUUCAAACAGAAAGGACUUAAAACCAGGAGGGCCAACACAUUCAGAGAGGAAGCGCCUUAGAAAGCCGAGUAAACGGCUUCUGGAAUAUGCAGAAGAAUAUGAUCACUUGUUUGCACCCAAGAAAAAAUCAAAGAAGGGCCAGGAGCAAUCACAAAAGGUGAAUUCUGUGGCGAGGUCUGAAUGUGAAGGAGGUGCUCCUGCACAAUGCAGUCCUGACAGAGAGACCCAGCGGGGGCCAAGUUCUUUGGUUUCAACUCCAUCUUCAACCAAAGAGUCCCCUCCUGUCCUUGAAGCAGAGUGUUCCUUCUCAGAACUAGGAUCCCACUCCGCUGAUACCCCUAGUCAAGCUCAAGGAGGAUCUUCAGAUUUUCCAGAGGUGGUGGUUCUGUCUUCCUCGGAUGUUUCUGAAGUUUCUGCUUCUCCAGAUGCAGAAGAGGGAUUCCUGAAAUCAGGAAACUUCGAAAGCAAGCGUCAGAGGAAGCCCACUAAAAAGCUCUUGGAAUCCAAUGACUUGGACACUGCCUUUAUGCCAAAGAAGGAGGAAUGGACUCCCCAAAAGAAGGGUACUGGCCCUUCAGAGAGUGACAGCUCUGAGCUCUACUCACCAGCCCACUUCCAGGACGUGGGAGAAGCUUCUGAAAAGCUCUUGGAGAAGCAGCGGAAGCGGAAGAGGCAGCGCCACACCUCUGCUGCAGUCCAUUGCAAGAAGGAGAAGAAUGAGGAGGGGCUGGGGGAGACCCCACACUCUGAGGGGGAGACCUCGGUUCAUGGGGCUGCAGCAAGCCCCAAGGAGGGUCAUGAGGAGGGGUCAGAGAAUGACCAUGGAGUGCCUUCGUCCAAAAAGAUACAGGGGGAGCGUGGAGGAGGAGCAGCUCUCAAGGAGAAUGUGUGUCAGAUCUGUGAGAAGCCGGGGGAGCUGUUGCUGUGUGAGGCGCAGUGCUGUGGUGCUUUCCACCUGCAGUGCCUUGGGCUCUCCGAGAUGCCAAAGGGCAAAUUCAUCUGCAAUGAGUGUUCCACAGGGGUCCACACCUGCUUUGUGUGCAAGAGCUGCGGGGAGGAUGUGAAGCGGUGCUUGCUGCCCCUCUGUGGGAAGUAUUACCACGAAGCCUGCAUCCAGAAAUACCCGCCCACAGUCAUGCAGAACAAGGGCUUCCGCUGCUCCCUGCACAUCUGCAUGACCUGCCAUGCUGCUAACCCAGCAAACAUCUCUGCCUCUAAAGGUCGCCUGAUGCGCUGCGUGCGGUGUCCGGUCGCGUAUCACUCCAACGACUUCUGCCUGGCCGCCGGCUCCGUGGUCCUGGCCUCCAACAGCAUCAUCUGCCCCAACCACUUCACUGCCCGCCGGGGCUGCCGCAACCACGAGCACGUCAACGUCAGCUGGUGCUUUGUCUGCUCGGAAGGGGGCAGCCUUUUAUGCUGCGAGUCGUGCCCGGCUGCGUUUCACCGUGAGUGUCUAAACAUUGAGAUGCCAGAGGGAAGCUGGUAUUGUAAUGAUUGCAAGGCAGGCAAAAAGCCACACUACAAAGAAGUAGUCUGGGUGAAAGUUGGGCGCUACAGGUGGUGGCCAGCUGAGAUUUGCCAUCCUAGGACAAUUCCUGUCAACAUCCAGAAAAUGAAACAUGACAUUGGUGAGUUCCCUGUGCUGUUCUUUGGCUCCAAGGACUACCUGUGGACCCACCAGGCUCGUGUGUUCCCUUACAUGGAAGGUGAUGUCAGCAGCAAAGACAAGAUGGGGAAAGGUGUUGAUGGCAUAUACAAAAAAGCUCUUCAGGAAGCUGCUGUGAGAUUUGAAGAAUUGAAAGCACAGAAAGAACUGAGACAACUUCAGGAAGACAAAAAGAAUGACAAGAAACCUCCUCCCUACAAACACAUCAAGGUGAACCGGCCCGUUGGGAAGGUGCAGAUCUUCACUGCAGACCUGUCCGAGAUCCCGCGCUGCAACUGCAAACCCACGGACGAGAACCCCUGCGGCCUGGACUCGGAGUGCAUCAACCGCAUGCUGCUCUACGAGUGCCACCCCCUGGUGUGCCCCGCCGGGGAGCGCUGCCAGAACCAGUGCUUCUCCAAGCGCCAGUACCCCGAGGUGCAGAUCUUCCGCACGCUGGCACGGGGCUGGGGCCUGCAGGCCAAGACUGACAUCAGGAAGGGUGAAUUUGUUAAUGAGUAUGUUGGGGAGCUAAUUGAUGAGGAGGAGUGCCGAGCCCGAAUCCGCUACGCUCAGGAGCACGACAUUACCAAUUUCUACAUGUUGACACUGGAUAAGGAUCGAAUCAUUGAUGCUGGGCCAAAGGGUAACUAUGCUCGGUUCAUGAACCACUGCUGCCAGCCCAACUGUGAGACUCAGAAAUGGUGUGUGAAUGGUGACACUCGGGUCGGGCUCUUCGCACUUGUAAAUAUCAAAGCUGGGACUGAGCUGACUUUCAACUACAAUCUGGAGUGUUUGGGAAAUGGAAAGACUGUUUGUAAAUGUGGUGCCCCAAACUGCAGUGGCUUCCUUGGAGUAAGGCCGAAGAGCCAGCCCAGCCUGAGCGAGGAGAAGUCCAAGAAGCUCAAGAGGCGGCCGCAGAUGAAGCGCCGGUCGCAGGCGGAGGUGAUGAAGGAGCGGGAGGACGAGUGCUUCAGCUGCGGGGACGGAGGGCAGCUGGUCUCCUGUAAGAAGUCAGGCUGCCCCAAGGUGUACCAUGCUGACUGCCUCAACCUGACCAAGAGACCUGCAGGAAAGUGGGAGUGCCCGUGGCAUCAGUGUGACGUGUGUGGUAAGGAAGCGGCUUCGUUCUGCGAGAUGUGCCCCAGGUCCUUCUGCAAGCAGCACCGGGAAGGAAUGCUCUUCAUCUCCAAGCUGGAUGGACGAUUAUGCUGCACUGAGCAUGAUCCCUGUGGGCCUCACCCUCUAGAGCCAGGAGAAAUUCGUGAGUAUGCACCUCCCAUAGAAGGCCUGGCUAACGGCGAGGACACCCAGCCGCCAGAGCAGGUGCCUGCAGAAACAGAGGCCGACACAGACCUGAGUGUUCAGCCCCUGGACAGCCUACCUCAGUCUGUGGCCCUCAGACUGCAGUCACCAGAAAAGCCCCCUGCUACCCUAGCACUGAGGCUGCCUUCUUCAGACAAGCCCCCCACCACCCUUGCCCUGAGGUUGCAGCCAUCAAACAAACCCCCUACCACUCUGGCCCUCAGGCUACCUUCACCAGACAAACCGCCUGCCACCCUGGCUCUGAGACUGCCGCCGUCAAAUAAACCCCCCGCCACCUUGUCACUGAGACUGAAGCCAUCCAACAAGCCCUCCACCACCCUCUCACUGCGGCUUCAGCCUUCGGACAAACCUCCCACCACGCUGUCGCUCCGCCUGCAGCCCUCAGACAAGCCGCAGGCCGCCCUGUCCCUGAGGCUGCAGUCAGAGAAGCAGCCCAUCAUCGUAGCGCUGCGGCCCCAGCAGCCCGACAAACCCGCCAGCAACGCCGUGCUCUGGCCGCUGGACGAGGCCUCCAGCGACGCCUCGCAGCCUCAGCUGCCCAGCAAAUCUCCUCCAGGAUCACCUCAGUCCCCGCUGGAUGAGUCACUUGUCACUGCUGCUGACCUGCAGCUCCAGCUGGCAGAUGAGACUCCUGAUGCCCCCGAGGUUUUGGAGUUAUCGGACGAGUCCCUCAUUGACAGCAGGGCGCAGCAGCCCGAGCUGCUGGAUGAGUUCCCUGUGAAAUGCCUGCCUCCUCCACUGUCUGACAGACUCCUGGCCACCGUGGGGAUGCUGCAGUCCCAGGAUGAGCCUCCUGAGGCCGAUCAGCUCCAGCCCCUGGAUGAUUCCUCUGCCCAGAGUCCGCAGCCACAGGCUGUACAAGAGGCUUCCAGCUCUGUGGUGCCGCAGGUCCCAGAACUGGAGAUGGCUUCCAGUCCUGAGGUGCUGUGGUCUGUUUCCGUUGAAAAAGUCCCAGACUCCCCAGUCUCACGAAUCCUGCCCUCAGAGAAGGCUCCUGGAUCAGCAGUACCACAAUCCCCAACUCUAGAAAAGGCUUCCUUCUCUGGGGCAGUGCGGGUCCCAGACACAGAGAAGUCUCCCAGCUCUGGGUCACCCCGUCCCCUGCCUCCAGAGAAGGCUGCCGAUUCGGGUGUGCCUCAGAUCCUGCCCACAGAGAAGGCUCCCAGCUCAGGGCUGCCAUGGCCCCUGUCUCCAGAGAAGACCCCUGGCUCCCGGUCACCGCACGUCCUGCCCACGGAGAAGGGUCUCAGCUCAGGGGCCCUUCGGCUCCCGCUCACACAGAAGUCUCUGUCCUCUGGGGUGCUGCGACCCCUUCCUGCAGAGAAGGCUGCUGACUCCGGGGCCCUGCGAGUUCUUCCUUUGGAAAAGGCUCUCAGCUCUGGGGUGUCUCGGCCUCAGCUCUUGGAGAGGCCUCUCACUCUUACAGCCCCGUGGCCUCAGGCAUCGGAUAAGCUGGCUCCUGCUGUGGCUCCUCGGCCUCAGGCCUCGGACAAGCCUCUGGCUGCAUCAGCUCCGAGGCUGUUGCUGUCGGAGAAGGCGCUGCGUCCCGUCGACCAGAACACUCAGCUGAAGGAGAGAGGAGCCCCAGCCACGGAGCCGAGUCCCCAGCAGAAAGAGAGGACCAUGUUAGCUGGGGAGCAAAUCUCUUGGUCUGCUGGGAAGGUGGUGACACAGGUCGGACAAGUACCUUGGCCUACAGAGAAACUACAGACGCACGAGCAAAGCCACUGGUCCACCACGAAAACGCUGACGCCUGCGGAGCAGCCUUCCCGGACAGCAGAGAAACUACCAGAGCCAAGCCUUCAGCCCAGCUGGGAAGUGGCCUCAGCCCCCUCGGAGCAGAGCCCGUGGACAUCAGAGAGAUUGUGUGCAUUCGAGCAGACCCCUCGGCCAGCCAGGGAAGCUCCCCCGGAGCAGAUGCAGUGGCUCGUCACGAACGUUCAGGCAAUCGAUCAGAUUGCUUGGCUGAGUGGAAAAGCACAGACUCCUCGGGGGCAGGACCCUUUGCCUGAACAAAACACAGCGCUAGCCCGUAACCAGGAUUCUGUCUGUCGUGAGUUGGCUGACUCAGAGCCAAAGUGAGGUUGGUGAAUAUGGGAGGCAGGUUUCAGUCGUUUAAUGUUUAGGGAGGGGGAAUCUUUGUUUUGUUUUUUUUAUUCACUUCCCUGAGCCCAGCCCCUAACCCAUGCACAUCCCAUCCAUAUUCUCUUGUGACAUGAGCAAGGACAUUCUCUUAAAUCUGAAUCUGGCCCAGUCAAAGGGAGAGAGCAUCUGUGACCUUUUCCUCUUCCUUUUACAAAUGGUAAAGCUGAAAUAAAGAGUCCACUCUGGGUAAAAAUCUCCCAGUUCCAUUACUGGAAAUGGUCACAUUACUGAUCCAGCGUGUUCAAGCUCCAGGUUUGAUUUGUAGGUGGGUUCCUAGGCACAGCCAGGGCCUUGCUCUUGUUACUGCAUUUAAAGAAAAUGGAUCAGUCAGGCUGCCCUGGCACUGGAGAUGUUUCAGGGAUCAUCUGGUGAGCAGUCAGGUGUGUAUCCUUGCAGACUCCAGAAGCAGGGAAGGGAUUUUAUGUCACCUGCCCAGGUCUCUGUCCCUGCAGGGCGUUGCUUUAUGAGGUUUGUCCGUGUGUUUACUGGGACAUGCUGUGUGUGUGGUUUGCUCAAGGACAGGGAUCGUCUCCAGUGAGAUGGGACAGGAGCUCCUGCACUCGCUCAGUGCAGUUUUCUCCAGCAAUAGGCAGUAUCCAUUCAGGCUCCUUUUUUACAGAGCUUUUUGUCCAGGCCCAAGAAGUGGGAAAUCUGGAGGAAGUCAGGGAAAAGAGAUCUUGGAAGAAGUCAUCUGGGAGUUUUUUCAUUCUUGUGUCUUAAUCCUUUAGCACAGGACACGCGGAGUGUUUUCCUGCACUUGACAACGUAGUGACCCAUAAAGCAGCAAUAGCAGAGCAGAGUGGGUUCCUGGAGGUGCUGAGCACUGCCCUGCCAGGGGCACAGUGCUCCCUUUCCAAUUUCCAUCCAGUCUCUUCUAGACCUGUGUUGUCAGCGUGAGCCAGCGGACUGAGCAGUCCUUUCUCCCUUUGCCUCAGAUGUGUUCAGAACACGUUCCCAUCACACCUGGUGUUGCCAGCAGCAAGCCAAGCCUGUCCUGCUCACUGCACAGAGGCAAGGGUGCCCUAGCUGGAUCGGGACCCAUCUCAACACCUUUCCCUUGUGUAGCUUCUGGCUUAACUCUUCUACAACCAAAGGAGACUUGAAUUAACUGGACUGUGUUGGUGUGCAUGUGUGUGUGCGCGUGUGCGUCCAUCCAACUGAAUUGUAGUUCUCACACUGGAACACGGUGGGCUCCAGCAGCUGCCUGGCUUUCUGUUUUUCUCUUCUCCCUUUUACAGUGAAGGCGAUGUUUAGUACCUGGUGGUCAUCGAGCUGGUGUCCAGACUAGGCCUGCUGAAAGCCGCUCACUCAAGCGUUGAGGCAGAAGUUGGUGUGGCUGUGGUGCUCGUGGGGCAGGCAGUAGAGUCCCAGGGACCUGCAGCAUCUCGUGACCACCGGCACCCUCGCAGGCAGGAGGAGGACAGGCCUCCUUUGGUGGCACUGCCUGGCCUCGAUAGGGUUGGUGUCCUGCCGAGGAAACGCUGCUGACCAGCUUUUUCCCACUCUCACAACACAUUACCUCUGUAAUUACCUGAGCUCCACCGAUCUGGGGCCGCAGCCUCGGAUCUCCGUGCUGCCGCCAGACCCUUGCGCAGCUCCAGUGUGUGUAUCCUUCUCCUUCUCCUUCCAGGCAGAUCCACAGCCCCUCCCCAGGAAGGGAGAGUUCAGCCCCAUGCUGACCUCCUUCCUCCAACAUGGGAGCAGGUUCUUGUUCCCACCUGGCUUGCAAGUGCCUGCUGCUCCCAGAGCAGACAGUCAUGAGCUUUGCAGUUUUCUAUGAAGGGAGGCAGACACCUGUACCAAGACAAAUCCUGAUCCGUUCUCAUUUCCUGAUGUGUGCACCCUGAGACAACGUCCUGCUGUAGAGGCCGGGUGUGCUGGGCACAAGGGGACAUUACCAGUGCUAUCUCUUCUCUAGUCCGAAUCAUUUCAGAUCUUUGUAAAAUAGCUCACAACUUGGAAAAGCUUUAUGGCUUAUGGAAACUUACUUGUUUAAUGUUUUUUUUUCCGGGAAGACUGGCAGGUCAGUUCCUGCUUGCUGCUGAAACUAGGGAAAUGCAAGCAGCUUGCAUUUCUGUGUGGCUCCUCCACAAAGGGAAUCAGGACAACUCAGAUCCAUUGAGAGAGAAGAUUACCUUAAGGGCAUUCAUUAAGGUUUUUAAACAAAAAUUAAAAAAAAAAAUUAUGGCGUUCAGUAUAUUAAGUAUUUAUCAUGUGUGAGAAGGAAAAUAAAUCUUGAAUUUACAUUUAUAAACCUUCCCAUGAGCUGGACUUAGUCAUGUAGAUUGUGUAAGUAGGGUUUCCUCAGUGCCAGCGCCCAGCUAGCUCCCACUGUAACCAGAGAGGUGUCUGCACUGCUCUGUCCACCUCCGCUUCGCAUUGUCACGUGUUAACUAGUUACUUGUUUCAUGAAAAAAUAAACUGUGAAUAUUUUUGGUGCAGGCUUUUUUAAAUCUGUAAAAUGGAGAAGUUCUCAGUGAAUUCUCACAAGAGCAGGUUUGAAAAAAAAUCACUUCUAUAAAUCGCGGGCUCACGUGGCAGGGUGAGGCUUACGGCAGCAGCCACCCUUCAUGCCAGCAGGUGCUUUCCCAAAAGCUUGUUUGGAGCAGUGAACGUGGAUUAAACCUUUGCAUGGCAUUUUCCACAGCCUACUUUGUUGCAGCUACUGUACCCUGUCUCUCUUCUUGUCUCCCUUUUCCACAAGGAUCCAGGUUUCUGGCUUCUUAUCUUGCAGCUGCUGUUGGGAAGUUGAGUUCAGCUUAGCUCAGAGGCUGCUUGGCUAAACUGGUGUUGAGGAACUUGAUUGAAGGAGGAAGCCAGGAAGCUGCUCUUCCCUCUUUGCUCUUGCUGGAGCCUUGGGUGAUGCUCUGUCAGAUCAGGAAGGCUUUUCAGAGGGAGUUGUGGUGCUUUGGGGAGUCUCUGGGCUUUUCUGGAUCACGUAGACAAGGCUUGACCAGCUGUAGAGAGAGGUCCCAGCAGCUCUCCCCUUGUCCAGCCUGCCCUCAUCAGGGAGCAUGAGCUGGGGAACAGCUUCAGGCAGCAAAACCCUUGUGAAGGAAAUGUGGGCAUCUUCUGUAUUCGAGGUUACAGGUGACUCACUGUGGUGGCAGCUGGCAGCACUGCCUUGGAGGAGGAGAGGGACAUGUCUGUGUUGACGCAGUUGGGUUUGUUUGCUGCCAUUUGUUGCUGCCUUCAGAAUUCAGCCAGUUUGAAUCACGAGGGAUUUUAAAAGUAGAGGGUAGAGGCAAAGUAACCCAUUCCCCUGGCAGACUCUGUGGGAGACACUGCUGCAGCCUCGUGCUGGGCUCAGACCUGUGCAACAGCUCCAUGCCAAGGCUGUGAUGCUCUUGUUGGGUUGGAGGGAUCCAAUCACCUGGUCACUUAGUCCUGGGUCAGCCCUAAUUGCACCCCAGGUGGGUGAGAGGUGACUCCUGUGUUGAUUCACUGCUGUGGAGCACUGUAGAGGGAGAAUCAAGGGUGUAAUUAUCUCUGUCCCUUCCCUGGUGUCCCACAAUGUCUCACAGGAAUUUUCCAGACUCAUUCCUGGUAGGAGUAGCUCACUCUUCCCAUUUCUGAAGGGGAUGCAGGCUCUGCUCCUGUGUGAACACUUUGUUGGUCACCAUCCCUGCUGGCCCUGCUCAGAGCAGUGGGCUGGGGUCAGCAGUGGGCUGUGGCCUCCACCCCACUGGAGGACCCACUUUAGUGGGCAGGAGAGUCCCAGGCGUCCUUUGUGACAGAGGAGCCCUGAUGAGGGGUAACAGCAAGGUCAAGGCCUUGUGCCCUGUGGGGAUGAGGGUUACAGAGGAGGAGCCAGCACAGGGUGUGUGGGAUGUGUGGGCAGGAUGAGGGGAGCAGGCACAGGCCACUGUUCUGCAGGGCUUGUCCCAUCUUCCCCAGUGCCCACAGUCAACCAGGGUUCUGGUGAAUCUAGCAGGAGAGUUAUCACUGUAAGGAAUAAUCAACUCACCUACUGCACGUCUCCAGAUGCAAAUUAGCUCAUGGUAGCUUGCUUUAUUGCUGUUCUCCAGUUAAACUUUUCCUAUUUAACAAAAAAAAGCUCCACAGGAACCAGAGUCACUUCAAUACACAAAGCAUCUGGGUGGUACUGUGGGAGCACGUGUUAAUUCAGGGUUAAACCCCUGCAGGCAGAGGCUCUGAAGGUGUGGCUGGUGUUAAAGUGGUGGAGAUAAGAGAGAUGAUUGAAUGUAAAGGACAUUAAAGAACUAAGGUGAGACAGUGCAUCUGCUGGAAAAGCUUCAGCUUAGUUUCACAGAAAACAAAAAUGGAUGAGAAAGAAAAAGCAGCCCUAACCUUGAUGCUCUUGGCAGUGUGUUCGCCCUGAGCAUGCUCUGGGUGUGCCCAGCUCGUAUCUGGACACCACAGCCAGUGUUGUGACAGGGCAGGGGGAGUUUGAGAAACUUCAGACCUUCAAGACCUUCUGUUUAUUUUUAAUUUCAGCCUUAGCUUCUGACUUUGCUUGAUGUUUGGAAUAACCAUAAUUGUAACCUGCUUGUAAUGUGCUUUGCCCUAAAUUACUGAUGAGGCUUUUUUGCCUUUGCUAGCCAGUGAGUGUUAAAGCAAGGUGGCAAAUCGUGCAGCUACUCAAAGUAUGGGGGGGAUGCUGUGUUUGAUCUCCCAGGCUUUGCCCGUGCUAUUACCCACCCUCCUGUGAUAGUGAUAACGCUGGUGGCAGCAUUUGCAGCCAAGGCUGCUCCUCCUGCAGCAGCACAGCUGGGCUGAUGGGUGCUUGGGGCUCCCAGGGCCUGGGACACGGGACACUGGAGCUUGGGGACUGCUCUGCCUCACGCCUGCCUUCAGCAGGAGUCUCACCUGUGGGGUGGCAGUGCCCUUGUUUAGCAGGGGUUGGGAGGGUGCAAGAUUCCUGCUCUGGGUCCUACAAAAGUGAUGUGAGCAAAGUUUGGUGCCAGGGGAACAGGACAGGUUGUGUGAGCUCGGGCUGGAGGAGCAGCAGUGAUGGACAGUCCCUACAGCACUGAAUCUACCUCCUAGGGAAAUCUGAGAAAUGGGUGUUGCUAUGGCCUAUUUCAAGGUAAAGUUUUAAUCAUGUUUGCCCUUGGCAAAGCCCUUGGGCUAUUGUGGUGCUAUUGUAAACCGUUGGCAGCUUAGCACAGUAGGGCUGGACUCACGGCUCCUGGCCCACGGGCUGGGGCUUCUUGGCCAGCUGAUCCCAUCCCCCUGGAGCUGGGGCCGGGCUUCAGCACUCCUUGUGACUGAAACAGGGCAAGGAGUGACUCGGUUCCUUCAGUUUAUGGUGGUGUUGAGACUAAACCAGUGUGCCACUGAGCCCCUGGGGAGCCCGUGGAGCCACGUGAAGCAAGCAGGCAUCCGCUACUGCAUGUUCUUCGUGUCCGUUUGGUACUGAGCUGGUUUCAGUUUUUGUUUCUUUUUCUGAUGUUUCCGAGUUGUUGACUUCAAGGAACUGGGUUUUGUGUAUUUUUUGUAGACACUGGGAACUUGUUGAAAGGAAAAGCAGCAAGCACCGGGAGGCUCAAGGUGGAGCGUGGCUGGAGCUGAGGGUGGCCCCGGCUGGUGUGGGUGGGAGGCGAGAUGUGAGAUGUGUUGGCAGCAGGGGGGCAGGCAGGGAGUGGCUCUCCCUGCCAGGGGCCCUGGAAGCCUUUCAGCAGUGGCGCUCCCGGCCUUGCAUAUCCGUGGUGCUGAGCUCACUGCCCCACCAGCCUGCUCGCCCCCGAGACACUGACCAUGCUGGGCACCGUGCCUCGCUGGUAAUGUCCCCUGCCACCCUCCAGCACUGUGUGCUCACAGCUGGGGACCUGGCUGCCAGCUGGCCGACGGCCCUGGGGAAGGGGGCUGCCCACUGCCCCUUCCUCACUGCCUGGGGACGUGGCGGGACACUCAUGGCAGCAGCGUAAUUUGUGCUGGAGCCAUGAGAGGUUUGCUUGUGGGAAGAACCUCGGUGUGAGCAGCCCCAUGCUGCCUUCCUUCCCCUCUGAGGUCUGCCGCCCACAGGGUGGUGGUGAAUGGGGGUCCCCCACAGGGUCCUGUUCUGCAGGCUCAGGCAGAGGGAAACACAUCAGGAGUCGAGGACCCCAGCCAAGGCAGAGGCCAGCACCGGAGCACUGCAGGGGGCACAAAGGGGUGCUCAGCCCUGGCCUGGAGUCAUCUGUCAGUUGUAAGAAGGAAUGCCAGAGCAGGUGAGAGUAAACUACAUAUUUCCAGCAUGUAUAUUAUUUUUAGAAGAGGGAGAGGGGAGAGUCUUGGACCAUUGAUUACUUUCAUUUUGCUCCCCUUAGACUGUUGGCUGUGUAUGUGAAACUUAUCAUGAAAAGAGGGUUGCCCUGCCCAGGUGCUCCCAGAACAUGUACUGUAAUUCUUUGUAUAUAGAAGAAAAAUUACUGUAAAGUAAAGUUUAACUUUACUCUCGA